AUGGAGAGGAAGGGCGGGUGCUGCCUGGCGAGGAGGUACGGCGCCGCCGCGGCCGCGCAGCAGCAGGCAGGCGCGGCGUGGCAGAUGGGGAGGAUCAUGCUCAAGUUCCGUCCAAUUGCGCCUAAGCCGGCGGCCAUGGCGCCCGCGCCGGCACCGACGCCGGUGGCGGCGCCGGCCGUUGGUGCAGCCGGGAGAGGGAAGCGAAAGGCUGUGUGCGGGCGAGGCGGCGGGAGGAGGGGGCGGAAGCCCAAGAAGGCGGCCACGGCUGCGGUAGUGACUGCAGCGCCUGCGCCUGCGGCGGCGGCGGCGGCGGCGGCGGAUGCGGGCGACUGUAAGGACUGCGACAAGGAGAAGUCGUCGUCGUCGCGGUCCUCGUCCUCGUCGUGGAUGACAUCCGUGGACUUGUCGCCGCCACCCGGGCCGCAGCAGCAGCACCAGCUCGCGACGCUGCUGCCGCUCAUGCCCGUGACGGCGGUGGAGGAUAAGCAGGCCGCUGCUGGUGCUGCGACAGAGGAGCCGCCGGCGCCUGUGCCGUCUCAGGUGGUCGCGCCAGCCGAAGGGGCAGGGGCACGGCCGUUUGCUCCGCGGGCGAUGCGCCCCGAGGCUGUGGCGGCUUCUUUGGUGACGGUGGAGGAGGUGACCGCGACGUGGCGCGACGGCGAGGCGCCGCCGUCCUCCGCGGCGUGCGUCGCCGACGACGCCCCGGCGUUCGUGUCGGACCAGUGGGGCCGCGUCACGUGGAGGAACUCCGCGUUCGUCCGCGCUGUAUCCGCGGACGACGGCGAUGAGGUGGAGACGCAGACGCCCGUGGCGCUCGGCGGCGCCCUCCCGGCGUGGGGCACCUGCGCGGGGUUCACGUGCCGCGUCCGCGUCCGGCACUCGAGCCCCCGCCGCGUGGGCUCCUCUUCCUCCGUGGUGGCGCCCUGCGAUGUGUGGCGGCUGGACGCCGGCGGCAGCUACCUUUGGCGGCUGGACCUGCAGGGCGCGCUCACUCUCGGCGGGCGCCUGUGGCUGUGA